AUGCACUACAAUGGUAUACUCGUGAUUGUUGGUUGUAUGUAUCGUUUAUUGAAUAAAGCGUUAAGAGUAAAUGAUAUUCAUACGUUAUUUCGUUUUCAAUUUUUUAUUUCGGAUCUUUAUCAGCAAUUGAAAUGUAUUCAUCUUGAAUACUAUGAUAAUAAAAUUGUACGAGUUUAUCUUGCAACUAAUCGUGAACUUAGUUUCAUUCAUGAUGGUAUUGAUGUUAGUGCUGACAAUGAUUUAGUUAAUAUAUUAUUGAAAAUAAAUAUUGAUAAACAUUUGAAAUCAUUGUCAAAACCAUUUGCAGAUAUUUCAACGGAAAGUCAUUUUCAUGAUGAACAAGAAGUUUUACUUUAUAUUGGAACAAUAUUUAAAAUUAAAAUGAUUGAACAACAAAAUGAUAAUUGGUUAAUUGAAUUAGGCGUAUGUACAGACGAUGACUAUUUUGUCAAUUUAAAAACAAAAUAA